AUGAGCAGCGUCCGCACGCACGAAGUAAAGGCCGCGAUAGCGCGACUGGACCAGCACCGCGACGACCGAGUGCACGCACAGAUGCAGCUGACCGAGUCGCUGGACGCGCUGAAGGCCGCGCAGAGUCGAAUGCUCGUGAAGAGAUUGGACGGUGCGGUCCACGAGCAGCGAAACGUCGAGAGAGAGGCGCUUGUGUACGCGAAGAACGUGAACGCGCUGUGUCAACGCGCUGCGAGGUGGAAAGCGGAGCAGAAACGCUUCCGCGCGAGCUUAGAUGACCUGAACCACUUUGCGGACUGGGCAGCUGCUGCAGAGAGCGAUCUCCAUGCUAUCGCUGGCAAUUUGGAGUACGUGUGCGCUGUGCUGGAAAAAGAGCAGGAAGGAGCGGCGAAAGAAGCGUGUGCACGAGCGCAACAGUCGAUGUAA